AUGCGCCACCCCUUCAUCCAGCGCUGUCUGGCCUCGCAGUCCUCCCCACCGCCCUCUCGCCUGCGCUACCUCGACGUCGGCUGCGGCGGCGGCAUCUUCGCCGAGAGCGCGGCGCGGCAACCCACCACAGCCAGCGUGCUCGGCAUCGAUCCGACCCCCGAGGUGCUCGCCGUGGCCGAGGCGCACAAGCGGCAGGACCCGCUGCUGAUGGAGGACGGCCGCCUGACGUACAAGAACAUUCCUAUCGAGCAGCUGCCGCUCGACGGCGAGGGUUUCGACGUCGUUUCCUGCUUCGAGGUUGUCGAACACGUCGCCACGCCUACAGAGUUCCUACAACAGCUGAUUGCCCAUGUGCGCCCCGGCGGAUGGCUGGUCGGUUCGACGAUCGCGCGCACCUGGACAAGUUGGGCGACAACAAUUGUGGCGGCGGAGGAUAUCUUAAGGAUGGUGCCGAAGGGAACGCAUGAUUGGAAUAAAUACAUAAACGACGAUGAGCUGAGCAGGUGGUUCGCAACCCAGGCUGGGCUGGAGAGCCCGAGGAUCAUGGGCGUCAUGUACGUGCCGGGACUAGGAUGGAAGGAGGUGCCUAGGAGUGAGAAGUUCGGGAACUACUUCUUCGCAGUCAGGAAGGCCGAAGUGUAA